CCAGUUCUGAUGAAGGGCCUCGACCGUUUACUGAUUUCCAUAGAUGUUGCCUGACCUGCUGAGCAUUUUAUAUGCGUUAACAGAUGAACUGUAGCUCAGAUCAUGCGCCCUGCAGUGGCCCCCGACGAUGAAAUAGACGCUUGUUGCUAGACGAUAGUCUCACUGUUGCUGUGAAGAAGCUGCAUAGCAUUAAUAUUAAUAGAAAAUUAGCACAGCCCUGGAGCAGAACAGUGUGAGAAGAGGGAUAAUGUUACCUUCUCUCUGCUUCACUACACUUAAGGCGAAUUAACAUGAAGCCACAGGUGAGGCCCCCGGAGAACUGGCGAGUGGGUAAUGUUGUACCUCUACUUAAGAAGGGAACAAAGGAAAAUGCUGGGAACUAUAGACAGAACACUGGAGAGACCGGAGAUGUGUUUUACACUACAAUGGUGGCACCUGCGCUGAGGCAACAUAUAGAGCACCUUAAAUGUCAUCUCAAUGAUCUCCAAGAUGCCAAUGACAGCAUGAUCAAUGAACUCACCAAAGCUGAUGAGGAAAUCUCCCAACUCAGGCAUGAGAUAGCUGAACUAAAAGCAAAACGUGCAGAAGAGCUGCAGCUAGUCAAGCAAGAGGGCAACUAUUUCAAAAAUAAGUUUAACAAAUUGUGUUCUGCUGCAUCCCAGAACACUGUAAAGUACAAUACAGCUGACUUGCUGGAACAAAUCCAACAACUAAGGAACGAGUCUCGGAAACUCAGGGAAAUGAACCACACACUUGAUGAAGAAAACCAUCAACUUAAAGAAAUCCUGUGGGACCUUAAACAGCAAAACAAAUGGUUACCAAAAGAACAAUUCAAAGGAAAGAUGUUGAGCUCAGAAAUCACAAUAAAAGAGAACAGGACAAUUUCAGGCACAAAGGGACAAAUGUGUGCGAAAGAAAGUGAGACCAUAAUUCAGAAAAUGUCUUCCUUACCUUCCCGCUUGCAUUGCAUCUCCUCACCUUCACAAAUCAGCUUUGAAUAUUUCAAUAUUGAAGACAAAAUUAGUCCAAUCAAAUCAAAUGAGAAUAAAAUGAUUUCAGAUCAGCGGCUUAAAUCCUGUGAUGAUGGAUUCAGAGAGAGAUCCACCAGCAGUUGUUCUUUAGCUUCAAUCGACAGCAACAACACAGAAGCUCUGCUUGCAUCAUGCAACGACGUGACCAAUGGUCAGCUUAUUAAUUCAAACAUUCAUCAAAAUUCAGGUAGUAUGUUGGAUUUGGAUGGGUUGAGUGAAGAUGACACAUCACUUCCAAACCAAAAUAACCCUCACCAACAAUUCCAAAUCGCACACUGCUCCUGUUCGAAUCUCUGUCAACCAAUGAUUUCACCUUCUGAUUUUCGCAGCAGCUGCCUCGACAGAAAUAAAACAUCAAGGUCCUUGGUCGACAAAGCUGCAUUGCGACGACGUCCCUUUGCUCCCCGGAGCAUUGCAGAUCUGAGCAUCGGGCAUCUCGUUAAAUUCUCCCGGCCUGCAGGAAAGAUUGGUAAAGGUGUGAUCAAAUACUUGGGACACCUUCCUGGCAGGCAGGAAGCAUAUAUAGGUGUAGAACUGGAAGGCACCGAGAUUGGCCAACAUAAUGGCACCUUUGAAGGAGUUCGUUAUUUCAUGUGAGCAAUAUCUACCCAACAAAGAUUAUUUUACCAGAAACACAAGAGACUGCAAAUGCUGGGAUCUGGACCAACAAACAAAAUGUUACAGGAAUUUAGCAGAUCGGGCAGUAUCUAUGGAGGGAAAUAGACAGCUGCCUUUUGGAGUUGAGACCCUGCGUCUGGACUGAUUUACUAUCUAACGAUUAUUUGCUCGGAAACAAUUUGGCUGCUACUGUUGAACCUACUUUGACAUAUUCAAUUGUGAAUUUUAUAAUGCAUAACAAAAUGUACAUUAUAAGCAUGAAAGAGACUAGGUGCAAAUUUUGAAGACAUGAAUUGUUCGAAUAAAAGUUUUACGGUAAUCAUCUCAAUAGUUAAGCUUUAUUUUUUUUGUUUCCUUCACAGUAAAAAGAACAAAGGUGUAUUUGUUAACUUCAGUAAAGUUAUCAUGGCCUGGGAUUAGGAAAGUGGGACAAAUGAUUCUCGUGUAACACAAGAGAAAAGCUCAACACAAGAUGUCCUUCAAUCAAAAACUGCAUAUUCCCUUCCAAAGCAAGCAUCUGCAUCCUAUUUUAACUUCUGGAUACCAUAGAAAUGCCUGUACUCAGUGGUUAUAAUGAUAAACCAUUUGCAAGACUAUUAACUGAACAGGAUAGAGUUCUGUCUACUAAAUUUGCAUCACCUAAACUCAGUCGCCUUUCUUAGUCAAUUCCAAUUGAUACUUUUGCCAUCAUAUCGAUCCAUCCAGAUGUGAACUCCCUCGUUCAGCAUUCAAUUAUGCUCAAAUUACUUUCGUCUUCCUCCAUUCUCUAUUAUGAUUGCUACUUAGCUUUACAAUUUCUGAUUUGCAACUUGCAUGACAGCCUGUAAACUACAUUGGCCCUUCUCUCCUUCCCAAGGACAGAGGCACAACCCAGAAUGUACCUUCCCUCAAUAUCAUACAUUUUCCAUGAUGUGUCCUCCCUUUUUCCAGCAAAUGAUUCUUCCACACCAUUUCAUUUCACACCCUCUCUGCUUUUGAAUUUGGUUUUCCCUUUCCCCAUCUUUAGGUGCAGCUCUUUCGUUCCCUGCGUAUUCAGGAGUCAACAGUCAUCGAGUCUGUUGCCUCCAUCAUCAUGCUUGCAGACUAAAGUUAUAGUUCUGCAGUGUUAUGAGCUGUUAUUCACUAUUACUACAAAAGAACUAAAGUUACAUUAAUAUUUAAAAAUACCAAUGACAGUCCUUAUGAUGACAUUUCACUGACAGCAGAUUAUAAACAAGAGCCAUAGUUAAAACACUGUUGUAGUUAUCUGAGCCCCUUAUCUAAAAAAUGAUGUGCUGGCAUUGGAGAGGGCCCAUAUGAGCUUCAUGAUAAUGAUCCUGGGAAUUAAAGAGUUAAUGUAUGAAAAGAUUUGAUGGCUCUGGGUUUGUGUUUGGGUGGGGUGGGGGAGAAUCCUAUUGAAAG